UGCCCCGUUGCUUGGUGUGCCUUGUGUUGAGUGCCCACAAGUCCGAUAUUAAUGUUGAGUAUAUUGGACGGUGUUGUGCGUAGCUGGGCCCCAACUUUAAACCGUUCACGAGAUAGACUUAGCCAGUAGAGAGCUGAUCGCAGACUUAACAGCAUCAAUUUCUGUGGCGGUUUCAUUAAUUAAUUGAUUAAUUAUUUAAUUAAGUAAUUAAUGCUAUUACCAUAAAUCUCCCCCUUUGCCUGCCAACUGGGUGAGGUGGAAAAAAAUCGCGUUGUGUCUUUUUUUUUCUCUCCUUUCCAUCGAUAUCGCACUGGACAUUUGCCAUGCCUAAUGGUUGAUAUGUGUAUGCGUGUGCGUUGUGAUGGUGAAAAGUGAUUGAAAAGUGCCUCUUUCUUCUCUUUUCUUUUCGGCCGAUACCUCUGGAAGGUGAUAUUGCAGCGAAAUUUACCAUCUUGAUGAGCUUUUACGACACGACCACGUAGUGGCUGCCAGUGAGUGGACUCGCGAUGGAAUUCCAUCUCUUUUGCACCACAUUCGGUGGCACUGUGUGAAAAUCGCCUCUGAUAAACCCACUUUGAGUUGGGGACAAAUUGCUAUUGUCCGGAAGAUGUGCAUGCCAUCCUGUGGCCCAUCGGAAUUGACUCUAUAAAAUGCUAAGUGUUUGUGCAGCCCGACUCACUCUCCUUCAGUUUUGCCCAUGCCAAUAUAUAGUAUAAUAACUUUCCUUCACAUUUCAUCGUCCAGCCUGAAAUUGUGUGCGCUUUAUUAACAAUAUUGAUCGAAAAGUACUGUUUCUUCAUCUGCAGUGAUUUUUUUGUCUUUCUCUCCAAUGUGUAAAAGAGAGAUCCAAGACCGACAAAACGUACUCAACAAAUUAGGAGUGACCUCUAACAUUUUUAUAUAAAGAACCGUACAAGUGGAAAAAGAAGAAAUAAUCAACGAAACACACAGUCAAGAGUGAUAUUUGGGAGACUCGAACGGUUUGUCUUGUGUAUUUUUCUAACUAAUUAGUAAAAUAAAACUUGUGACUAGCAUAUGAUCACUUCAGCGCAUGUACUUCGUGACGGAGUCAAUUACAAAAUAUUCGAUAAACAACACACACUGUUUUUUUCUGCUUGUGCUCCAUCUUUGGGGCCACAGUGAGAAAAGUGCCAUUGGGAGAUUUGUUGAAAACGAAUUUUUAUCAAUUUUUUUACACCGCACUAGACCGUGCAGAGAAAUCCAGUCGAAUUGCAUGAAACGGAAAACACUACGGACGAGUUUUGAUAGUUCAACGUGAAAAACUAUGUGAAACACUGACAGAGAGAGAGAAAAAAAGUGCUUCUAUUUUGCGCAUUUAUCCAGAGACAGCAGCUUGUGUGCGAAAACCAGAGGCGCACAGACUCGAUAACAUGAAAAUCCGCCUCUAAAGUGACUCCAACUCUGGACCUGUAAUGACUAGGUGUAGGCUCCUGAAGCUAAGGAUAUAUCCGACCAUCACACUCACUUCGCAUCCAGCCGUCAUCUCAACCCGGAUCAGUUCUGCUAUUUGGGAGUAAAUCUCUCAGGGGUGCCCUACCCCCCAUCCUGCUACCAUCGCACCAAAAAGAGUUGCGAGCGACCAUGCGCGCGUGGCUUCUCGUCAUCGCAGUGCUGGCGACUUCUCAACCGUUUGCCCAAGUUGCUAGCACGGAGCCACAGAGCAACCCUGAAGUGUCACUCCUGUCAUCCCUAACUACCUCCACAGAGAAAGUGUUACAUAGGCAUAGUGAGAGGAAGAGUCACAGUCAGGACACGCGAGAGGAGGCGAACAAGGAGCAGAAGGAGAAGCCAGAGAAGCCCGAUCCGGCCAUACUGGCCGGCCUGGAGGGGAACUUCCUCUCCCUAUUCGGUCUCAAUAAGAGGCCAAUUGUGGACAGAUCUAAAAUAGUGAUCCCGGAAGCCAUGAAGAAACUCUACGCCGAGAUCACUGGCCAUGAUGUGGACUCCGUGAAUAUACCAAAGCCUGGAUUGCACUCCAAAUCAGCGAACACUGUUCGAAGUUUUACACACGAAGAUAGUAAAAUUGAUAAUAGAUUCCUGCAUCAUCACCGAUUUCGGCUCUAUUUCAACGUGUCCACAAUACCACAGCGUGAGGAAUUGAAGGCGGCGGAACUGACACUCAGUCGGAGUUCAGUUGUCGAGGGGGAGACGAAUGUGAGGCACCAGGUCCUUGUGUUCGACAUCCUGAGGCCUGGGAUCAAGGGCAAGCGCGAUCCCAUCUUCCUCCUCAUAGACUCGAAGACAGUGCUGAUCAACGGCACUGGCACCGUCAGCCUGGACGUGCUGCCGGCCGUUCAGAGGUGGUUGCGUCAACCAAAGCAUAACCAUGGACUACUCGUCCAUGUGGACUCGGCCGGCCGGAGUCAGGCCGAAGGUCCGGUUCACAGGCACAUCCGCCUAAAGCGGAGCGUCAGCGACGACCUGAAGGACUGGGAGCAGCAGCAGCCCAUGCUGUUCGCCUACACAGACGACGGCCGGAACAAGCCGCGGUCGAUCCGGGAUGUGAACCGAUCGCGCCGGGCGAGCCUGCGACGGGGCCAUCGCAGGAAAAACGUGCACGAGAUCUGCCAGCGGCGAGCCCUGUACGUGGACUUCGGCGACGUGGGCUGGAAUGAUUGGAUCGUGGCGCCGCCCGGGUACGACGCGUACUACUGUCACGGGGAGUGCACGUUCCCGAUUCCCGACCAUCUCAACUCCACAAAUCACGCUGUCGUUCAGACGUUAGUCAACUCACUGAACCCCAGCCUCGCGCCCAAAGCAUGCUGCAUCCCCACGCAGCUCGCCUCCAUCUCCAUGCUCUACCUGGACGACCACAACAAGGUGGUGCUGAAGAACUACCAGGACAUGACGGUGGUGGGCUGCGGAUGCCGAUGAGUUUAACUUCUAAGCGAAGCCGUUUUGCUUGACUGACGCACACCCAGAUAGACGUUCCUCAUCUUUAUCUUUUUCUUUUACAAAGAACUCUCGCAACCUCUGUGAAAAUUUCGCAGCAUUUCUUACACGCAUUGAGUAGAGUCAAGUGCACCGUGCACGGUGUAUGCCUUCCUACUCACUUCUACAUUAUGUUAUCAUAAAAUGCAAUUCAACUCUACUAAGCGAUAAGUGUCAUAGUCAAUAGUUGUGUGAGCAUGCUUUCCAUUCGCCCUCCAUCGAGAUCUUCAAUGCAAAUACAAGUUCGAAGGGAUGAUGUUGACACAGAGCGUGUAAAAUUUGUGUAAUAUAUUUGUUAUACUAUUGUGUAGUACCUGGAUAAGGAUUUCUCGACAUGAAGAAUGCAGAAACAAUAUUUAUUUCAGCAAAUAAUAAGAUGAAGUAGUUGAAUUAAAUAUGCCAUAGGUGUUAAAUUUCAGAGAAAUUUUAGUUCUUAGAUUGAUAUAUUCGAUAGGAUAUCUAACAAGUAUUUCUAGCAAAGUAAAUACUACUUGCAAACAUCCAUGUCACAAUGGGGUUUCAUAUAAUUUAAUGAAAUGAAUUCUUAGCUUAAUCUGAUGGCACUGUAUAAUUUUGUAUAUACAUAAAACAACAAGCUUCUUAAUGGACAAGCCAACAAGUAUAAAUACGAUUUUAUAACAUGAUGUAUGUAUAAAAAUUUGAUGAAUAUUGAUGAAGAUUAAAAAACAAAAAAAACAAUA